AUGAUCACAGGACUUCACCGAACAAAUAGUUUCCAAUUCUUGUAUAAAUUUCGCCGUUUGGUUUCAUCUCAAACACAUUAUGAUACGUUAGGAAUUAAAAAAUCCGCCUCGUAUAGUGAAAUUCGUUCAGCUUUUAUCAAACUAUCAAAAAAAUAUCAUCCUGACAAAAAUGACGGUGAUAUUGAGACGUUUAAAAGGAUCAACGAAGCGUACUCUGUUCUCUCUCAAGAGAAAAGUAGACGAAUUUACGAUUCCUCUUUAGUAUCAAGAGCUAAACCAUUAUUUACUAACUCGCCAAAUGAGUAUGAUGUUUCAGAUUGGGAACGUAAUUAUAAUUACCACUUUGCGCCUGUGACUCAAACUGGAUUUUUUGAAAAUGACGGUGACGAACUUAUGGUUGAUGAUUUUGGACGUCUAUCGGAUUUGGAAGAAGACAUUGAGACAAAUGCGGAUUCUGUAGAACCUGCUUUAAUAAAUCGCGGUGUAAACCUUGAUCCUUUGGAACCGUGGAGCAAAGUUGGACUUGUUGUUUAUUCAUCACAAGUACCAUUAGGCGCAACACCAGAAUAUCUUGCCGGUCAUUAUAUACUUCAGGGAGCUAGUUCUAUGCUUCCUGUAAUUGCCUUGUCCCCUCAGUUAGGCGAGCGUAUCUUGGAUUUGUGUGCUGCGCCUGGUGGGAAAACAACUUACAUUGCACAACUCAUGAAAAAUACUGGCACCAUUUUUGCAAAUGAAAUAACCCCCCCCCCACUGACGCGUGGAUACGCUGAGAAGAAAACCAAACAAAUUCUACACUGA